GUUUCAAGUUAUGUUUAACCUAACAAUAUGCAGAGUUACUAGUUUUAAUGCGUUAACUAGAGAUAGGAAAAAAUAUAAACAAUGACUUGUUCUUAAAAAGAUGGACCUUUUAUAGGCUUUCGACAUCUAUGUACCUGUAGUUAAACAGAAAUGUCUGGAAUUUUUGCAAAAGCGGAAACCAUCAAGUAUGUGCAGCAACAAAUUGUUAUGCAAUAACUGUCUGCCAGCCUAUAACAUUUUACCCCUAAAACCCUCUUCCGACCCCACCUACACACACUCAGACUCAGCGAGUUCGGGCCGGCAGUGGAAACUUCACCGCAUUUUGUUCGGUCAUAUUUUGUAUUGCUGCUGCGCAUCUGUGCUGUACCAACUCCUGUUAUUAUCUGUUACAUGUUACUCAAGUGUUUUGUGCAGAGUUUUAAGAAUGAGUGCAGCAGAAGAAGACAUUCAUGAGCUGGACUCAGAAACAGAGAACGAUGGGUUGAACGAUGUUGAGAUGUGUUUAAUGUCUGAAGUGGAUUAUUCUGAGCAGGUGCCAACAUACAAAUCUAGACCAGAUGGUGAAGCUGCGCCAAAAGUGAAACAGGUUGAUUUUAAUGGAAACCCAGACUCGCUGUUUUUCAACGAUGGAAUGAGAAGGAUUGACCUUGUUUUGGUCUAUGAGGAUGAGUCUAGAAAUGCAUCAGAAAAAAAAUGCUCAGUUUAUAGGAGAAAACAAAAACGAAGAGAGUGUUUUGAAGGAAGCCUGAUGGAUUUUGGUGUGGAAUUGGAGGCGACACAAUCCGUGAUCGAUGAGAAAAUGUUCUAUGUGAAACUGCACAUGCCUUUUGAAACGCUGUGUUCUUACGCUGAAGUCCUGCACAUCAGACUGCCCAUCCAGCUCAACGAUCUGGCCCCAGAAUCCUCCGGGCACAACUGCAUCACCAAGCACUUCUACCCCAGCGAAGACGUCAUUCCUAAGGAGGCGAACUACUUCACGGCCCCCUUUAGGAAGGAUCAGCUGAACCGCUUUUGCAUAAAGGACAGAGAUCAGUUCUUCACGCCAGCCAUGAGGAGCAGAAUGGCGUACUACGUCCUCAACCGAGCUCCGUAUGAUGUCAAAGGAAACGUGAAGAAGUAUGGCUUCUCCAAACUGCUGAACGGAGGCGUGUACAAAGAUGCUUAUCCAUUACAUGAUUGCAGAUUUAAUGUGAAGUCUAAAGAGCCCAGUUGCCCAAAUGAACGAUUUCUGCUUUACAACGAGUGGGCGAAUCCCAAGAGCUUCUACAAGAUGCAGCCGCUGAACCUGAUCAGGAAGUAUUUCGGCGAGAAGAUCGGCAUUUAUUUUGCCUGGUUGGGUUUCUACACAGUCAUGUUGUCCCUCGCGGCUGCAGUCGGGCUCGGCUGUUUCAUAUACGGAUACAGAACCAGAGAGAGCAGCACAUGGAGCAAAGAGGUGUGCGACCCUGAGGUUGGUGGACAGAUAGUCAUGUGCCCGCAGUGUGAUAAACGCUGUCCGUACUGGAGGCUGAACAUCACAUGUGAGUCCUCUAAAAGACUGUGUGUGUUUGAUAACUAUGGGACAUUAGUGUUUGCUGUUUUCAUGUCUGUUUGGGUGACGCUGUUUUUGGAGUUCUGGAAACGGUACCAGGCCGUACUGGAGCACGAUUGGGACACGGUGGAGUUUCUUCAGCAGGAGGAACAGCCACGACCCGAAUACGAGGCCAAAUGCAUCCAUGACAGAAUAAACCCUAUUACAAAGUCUAAUGAGAAGGUGCCGUACACGGCCUGUGGGAAGUGCAUGAGAGUGUCAUGUGGCGUCAGCACUGUGUUAUUCUGGAUUCUGUUGAUCAUAGCAUCAGUGGUCGGGGUGAUCGUGUAUCGCUUGGGGAUGUUUCUCGUUUUCUCUACGAAACUACGCGCGGAUAUGAACGAGCACAAGGAGCUGGAGCCGUUCAAAGAGUACGUCACCCCUCAGAUGGCCACUUCCAUCACAGCCUCCAUCAUCAGCUUCAUCAUCAUCAUGAUUCUCAACAACGUCUACGAAAAAGUAGCCAUCUGGAUCACAGAUUUCGAGCUGCCGCGGACCAAAACGGAGUACGAGAACAGCCUGACGCUGAAGAUGUUCCUCUUUCAGUUUGUGAACUAUUACUCGUCCUGUUUCUACAUCGCUUUCUUCAAAGGAAAGCUGGUGGGCUACCCGGGACAGCCCGUCUACUGGUUCUGGGAUUUACGCAACGAGGAGUGCGAUCCUGGCGGCUGCCUGACUGAGCUGACCACACAGCUGUCAAUCAUCAUGACCGGAAAAGCCGUCUGGAACAACAUACAAGAAGUCCUUCUGCCGUGGCUGAAGAAUGUGAUAUUUCGCCGUUGCACCCAGGUGGGUUCAGAAAAAGUUAUCCCUCGCUGGGAACAGGACUAUCAACUCCAGCCAAUCGGGAAGCUCGGCCUGUUUUAUGAAUACCUGGAGAUGGUGAUCCAGUUUGGAUUUGUGACUCUGUUUGUGGCGUCGUUCCCGUUGGCUCCUCUCCUGGCGCUGAUCAACAACCUGUGUGAAAUCCGUGUGGACGCCUGGAAAAUCACGACUCAGUUCCGUCGGAUAGUCCCGGAAAAGGCCCAGGACAUUGGAGCCUGGCAGCCGAUCCUACACGGAGUGGCGAUUCUCGCUGUGGCCACAAAUGCUGCCAUCAUUGCCUUCACUUCGGACAUGAUUCCUCGGCUGACGUAUUACUGGGCGUUUUCUGGCGGGUCAGAACACACCAUGACCGGCUUCAUCAACAGCUCGCUCUCUGUAUUCAACGUUUCAGACUUCAGUGAAAUUAGCAAACCAGAGAAUGAAACCUGGCCCAACAUCACCACAUGCCGGUAUCGAGAUUUCAGGAAUCCUCCAAAUCAUCACAAUGCAUACGAGUUCAACAUAUAUUAUUGGCACGUUAUUGCUGCCAAACUGGCUUUUAUGAUUGUUGUUGAGCACAUCGUUUAUUUCACAAAAUUCAUCCUGUCCUACAUAAUCCCGGAUGUGCCGGAAGCGCUGAAAGAACAGAUCAAACGGGAGCGUUACCUGACGCAGAAGGACCUGCAUGAAACCAACAUGAAACGGUUAAAGGAACUCAUGAAGCCCGUCACUGAGAAGCUUCAUAACGAGGUUGAAGAGCCGGAGUUGGACCUGAAGCUGUGAAGCCUGACAUUUACCAUCCUUAAUCCCUGUGAUCCAUGCGUCUUAAACCUCAAACAAACAAGCACAAGAAUGUUUGCAGUCAUUUUCAUUUUACCAGACCGAGUGCCGAGUGAAAUAUGCCUCGAAAACAGGUUUUGUGUGCAGCCCACUAGGUUUAAUAUUUUUUUAGAAAUUGCUUUUUCAUAGCCCAAGUGGGAUAUGUUAUCAUAAUUCUUUGUUUGUUGCAGACGACUGGAAAAAACAACCGCUUUUGUUCUGGCAAUCCAUAGAUGUUACCGACGUAUUACAUGUUAUGAAAACAAGUAUGAGAUUUUUUAUCACUUCUUAUAUUGAACUAAAUGUGCAAAAUCUGUUACAAAACAAUGCAAGGAUUUACAUGACUCAAGUAUUAUGCUGACAAAUCAAGUUUUUUAUGUUUGGUUUAUACAUUAAAUCAAAUAAACAGCAUUUAAUGCUUUUUAAAAUAUACUAAUACUAACAAAAAGUGCCUUAAUGUUACAAUGGUAAUACCAUGUUUUUGGAUAUGUUAAACUACUUUGGAGUACUAUAUGAAUAUUGUGUUUAUAACUAAUGUUUAUUAUGGUAAUAUCAGAAUCAUGCAUGACACUGUGAGCAUAAGAUGCCAUAAAUUAACUUUUUUAUUAUUAUUGUUAUCAACUUUAAAGUCAAGCUAACAUUUCGAUCAUGCUCUGUAUGUUUGUGAAUAUUCCCCUUUUUUGUGUGUUACCUCUUUGUACAAUACAAUGUUUACAAAUGUACGUAUAUUUUCACAUAUUGACAAUAGAAUUUUUUAUAUAAAAAUAAAUUGUUACGUUGUACAAUGUU